UUAGCGCCAGUUUGGAUUUUCUCCUUCGCCUGGCCUGUGUGUUGUGGAUUACAAUGAGGUCUAUUGUGUCGUUUUUAUUAAAUAUAACCGAAUGACUUGUACAUCGCCACGAAAGGCUUUACUUAUUGGACAGUAGGCAUUAUUUUCGACAGGUUGAAUGUGGUCGUAACAUCCGGUAAGGUGGUUUUCGGGCUGCUUGAGUGAAGGAAGACGCAAAGUUGCAAAAAGGUGACCAGGUGAUUUGACAUCAACGACACAGUUUAAUUCUUUAAAAUGGAGAGAGAGGAUGAUCUGGAUAUUCUGACUGCGCUGCUGGCUGAGAGCGAGGGUAUUGGCGAAGAACAAGAAAGCCAGGAGCAGGCGGACGAUCUGGAUGGGCUGUUUGACAAGGAAAAUGAUGAGGAGUACAAAGAGGGCGUCGAGGAGGAAAAGCGCAAUGUGGACGAGAUGUUGGAGCUCUUUGGAGAUGUGGAUGACAUCGAACAAGAGGAGAAGGACAAAGAAUCAGAGGGUGGCCGUGAGAACAUGAACAAGUCGAAAGAGGAUUUACAAGAGGAGUUGAGGCAGAUGAAGGAGCAGAUGGAGAGGUUGCAGCAGCAGCUGGAGGCCAGCCAGAAAGUCUCAGUCCCGUCAGCCUCUUCAUCCAAGACUUCAGGAAAAAACUCACCAAGUGUCACACCAGUGAGACCCAAACCUGCACCUACCCGACAACCAAGCCAGGCCAGACCAGCCACUAACACACAGAAGACACCAGCAGCAGCGUCUUCAUCCACUCCAGUGAGAGCAGGAAGCCUCAAGCUCCAGGAGUCCUCUGAGUUUUCUUCUCAGCUCAGCAUUGCUGAGUCAUUUAAAAGCAAACCGAGAGUGGCUCACCAACCUAAACCCAGGACAUCACCGGAAAGCAGAGGACCACUGGUAGAGAUAAAGAUCGGCAGCUCCUUCAAGCCCAUAGAGAGCACCAGCACAGCUCCUGAUGCUCUGCGCUCACCUUCAGCGUCCCAUAGCAGACCUGCAGCAGCUGCGUCAGCAGUGCAGCCUAAAGCUCCUUCUUACCCAUCUCUUCCCAAAGACGUGGCUCUUGAGAAAUAUUCAGGACUGCGGCUCAGAAAACCACGUGUUUCUUCUAGCGAGAUGGACCGUAAGAUGGCUGACCGCCGUCUGAUCCGAUUGUCACAGUUACCGGAGCGUAUGACUCGGGAGACGCUGGAAGACCGUGAUUGGGUGACGUUUGCUGUGCUGGUCAAUAAAGCCACGCCUCAAAGCAACAGCAGUGGCAAAACCUUUAGCAUCUGGAAACUGAACGACCUCCAUAACCUGGAAGUGUUUGUGUCUCUGUUUCUGUUUGGUGAAGUUCACAAAGAGCACUGGAAGACUGAGACGGGCACAGUAGUUGGACUCCUCAACCCAAACCCCAUGAAGCAGAAAGAAGGAUAUGACGGGGUGAGCCUGACGGUGGAUCACCCACAGAAGGUGCUGCUGAUGGGUGAAGCUCAGGACUACGGUACCUGCAAGGGUGUGAAGAGGAACGGAGAGCCAUGCUCGCAAAUAGUUAACAUGUAUGAGUGCCCAUACUGCCAGUAUCACGUCAAGGCCCAGUAUAAGAAGAUGAGCUCAAAAAGGGCAGAGCUACAGUCAUCGUUUUCCGGAAGAGCGCCCAGUAAAGUCAUGGGGAAGGGGAAGGCAGGCGGCCUGAGAGAGCGGAUUUGUCAGGACGGUUUCUACUACGGCGGCGUGUCCUCUGCUGCCUGUGCCGCCUCACUGACCACGUCCAAACCGAACAAACCCACCCAGAAAACUCUGGACAAGCUGUUUGUGAGAGGCUCGGCUCAGCUCGUCAGUCAGGCCAAGAGGCUCGCCAUGCAGUCUGGUGAAGUUGCAGGUUGCUCAGAUGAAUUUAAGAGCCUGAUGUCAGUGCCAACACCUGGAGCUCUGCAGCUGAAGAAGCAUCUCACGCAGGGCAGCCAGUCAGUUUCCAAAGAAACAUCUGGAGCUCCUCUUCAGUCCAUCUCGGCCUCAGACCUGCUGAAGCAGCAGAAACGGAAGCAGCGAGAGCUCCUGGAGAGCCGGCGGAAGAGAGUGGAAGAAGUUCAGAAAAGGUCACUGGAGAACUCGGGUGGUGCGACAGGCCAACAUUGUUUAAUGUCACCAAAAGCUGCUUCUGAAGUCCCCACGGCCUCUCAAAGCCCAGCGGCGCCCCACACUCCGACCCUGGGCCGAGGCUUCUCCAAGGGCGAUGAUAUCCUCUUCUUUGAUACCAGCCCCCCUCCAGCUCCUUCUCCCAGCACCCUCAGCCUAUCAGCUGCCAAGCUGUCUGCUCUGAAGAAGCUAAGGGCCAAAGGCACGGGGCUGGUGAAGGAAGACCCCAACGCUGUGAAGAGGAAGAGGAGUGACAGCAGUGAGAUCAACGCCCGAGUAGAGCGGAAUCGCACCUCACCCAGUGGUACACGUUGCAGUUUUUUCAGAUGUGAAGCCUCCGCUAAUGAGGACGAGGAGCCAGCGCAGAAAAAGAAGCGAGAACAACUCAACUAUGUCCAGUCAGAGGAGUUUCAGAAGAUCCUGAAUGCCAAAUCUCGCCAUGGCGUUAUACUUCAAGCGGCAGAGUACCAGCUACAGGAGCGCUACUUCAAUGUUCUGGUGAAGAAGGAGCAGAUGGAGGAGAAGAUGAGGAACAUCAGAGAGAUGAAGUGUCGAGCUGUCACCUGUAAAAAGUGUAGUUACACCUACUUCAAGCCGGCGGAUCGUUGUGUAGAGGAGAACCAUGAACUGCGGUGGCACGAGGCAAUGAAACGCUUCUUUAAAUGUCCUUGUGGACAGAGAGCCAUCGCUCUGGACAGACUGCCACACAAACACUGCAGCAACUGCGGUCUGUUUAAAUGGGAACGAGAUGGGAUGUUGAAGGAGAAAACUGGCCCUAAGCUCGGCGGAGAGCUCCUCCUGCCUCGAGGAGAGGAGCAUGCCAAAUUCCUCAACAGCAUGAAGUGAUUUAUUAUUGAGGGAGCAACAUAUACUUUUAUAUUUGUAAUUUAAGGCUUUAUGAGGCUUUCAUGUGUAUCAGUUAUGUUUUUAAAUUUUGGCAUUAUGUAGCUAUUGAGUGUCUGUGGUGAUACCAGAUGUGCUGGAAAUUGGCUGGUUAAAGCUGAUUAAAGAUUUUAUAUCUA